AUGGCACCAAAAGUUUACAUCAUAGACGUCGAGAGUGGCAAUUUAAAGUCACUUGCCAAUUCAAUUAAGCGCAUUGGUGAUUACGAGGUAAAAUUUAUCCACAAUGCUGAGGAAUUCAAACAGUUUGACAAAGAUAUUGAGAAGUUGAUCUUUCCAGGAGUAGGAAACUACGGUCACUUCGUUAAGGAAAUUUACUCUAGGGGUCUUGUUGAAGAAGUCAAGAAGUACAUUUCCAGUGGAAGAUCUUUGAUGGGAAUCUGUGUUGGGUUACAGGCAUUGUUCAGAGAGAGUGAAGAAAGUCCGGGCCUCGAACAUCAAGGCUUGAAGUAUUUGGAUUUCAAACUCUCUAAAUUCAACAAAGAAGACCAGUCCUUUAAAGAAAGAGGGAUUUUGAAAUCUGUACCACACAUUGGUUGGAAUAGUGUUCAAAAAAUUACUAGUGGAACUCAGAAAUUAGCUGAUGAGAAGUCUUUAUACAGUAUCAACACCAUCAACAAGUAUUAUUUUGUCCAUUCAUACGCCGCCAUACUUAAGAAUGAUGCCGACGAAAAAAUCAUCCAAGAAGCAGCAUCCAACGGUUGGGAUUUUGCAUUCAGUAGAUAUGGGUCUGAAACAUUCUUGGCUGCUGUGGCAUACAAGAACUUUUUUGCAACACAGUUCCACCCUGAAAAGUCGGGAGUUGCUGGUCUAAAGGUAAUCAAAAGCUUCUUGGAAGGAAAGAAAUUCGAAGAGUUGGAAAAGAAGGACAUUCAAAAUACUGAGGGGGUUGAAGCAACUCUCAGUGGGCUUACGAAGCGAGUUAUCGCAUGUUUGGAUGUGAGAACUAAUGAUGCAGGUGAUUUGGUGGUUACUAAGGGAGAUCAGUACAACGUUCGUAGUUCUGAUUCUGAAAGUGAAGUUAGAAACUUGGGUAAGCCAAUCGAGUUAGCAACUAGGUACUACAAUCAAGGAGCUGACGAAGUUACUUUUCUCAAUAUCACCUCGUUCAGAAACUCCCCAAUAAAGGACUUGCCGAUGCUCCAAGUAUUGAGCAAAGCUGCAGAAACCAUAUUCGUGCCCUUAACAGUCGGCGGAGGAAUCAAAGAUUUGAUUGACCCGGUGUCGGGCGAAGCCGUCCCUGCUGUCAAAGUUGCUGAUUUGUACUUCAAAUCUGGUGCCGAUAAGGUGAGUAUUGGGUCUGAUGCUGUCAAUAUAGCUGAAGAAUUUUACAAGAACAAUAAGGUUCCAACCGGAAAGUCCUCCAUCGAAACGAUAUCUGCAAAGUUCGGUAAUCAAGCGGUAGUCAUCUCGGUUGAUCCAAAGAGAAAGUAUUUAUCACUGCCUUCCGAAACCUCCAUGCGUACAAUCGAAAUCACCGAUCCCACCAAAUUCGGUCCAAAUGGUGAACGUUUCUGCUACUACCAAGUCACAUCGCAAGGUGGUCGUAAAGUACACGAGUUAGGGGCACUCGAGCUCUGCACCGCUUGUGAGAUAUUAGGCGCUGGUGAAAUCUUGUUGAACUCGAUUGAUCACGAUGGAUCAAAUAAGGGCUUCAAUCAUGAGCUUGUGAAGCAAAUCAAGAGUAACGUUGCAAUCCCAGUUAUUGCAAGCUCGGGUGCUGGCAAUCCACAACAUUUCAAAGAAGUUUUCGAGUUGGACUGUGGUGUUGACGCCGCAUUGGGGGCUGGGCUUUUCCACAGGGAAGAGUAUGAAGUCAAUGACGUCAAGCGCUACUUGCAGGAGCACAAGAUAGAUGUGAGAUUAGACGAUACUGUAGAGUUAUAG